AUGUCGAAGCCUAAUCCUUUCGACGACCCUUCCAAUCCUUUUGAGGACCCAUCAAUAACACAUGCUCUCAAUUCAUCCAGUCCAAUUAUCGUAGAAGAACCAUCCAAUGAUAAGCAGUCAGAAGAUAUUUUCAGCGUGCCUCUUUACAGCUUUAACGACACCUCAUCUCAACAAGCGCCUACGAAUCACAGUCCAUAUAACGGACACUCUUCGUCGUCAACUGCAGCUUUCUUUGAUACGAGUAAAGAUAAUCUGAGUACUCGAGAGGAAGCUUUGAAGCGGAAAGAGCAAGAAUUAGCUGAUAAGGAAAGACAAUUAAACCAACAGCGGGAGCAACUGCAGCAACAGAGAACGAGAGGCGCCAACAACUUCCCGCCGUGCUUUCCUAUCAUGUAUCUCGAUAUUGUUGCUGAAAUACCCGAUCAACACCAACAAACUGUUCUCUGGUUUUAUAGAGAAUGGCUUUUGUUUUUGGUCACUCUGGUAUUGAAUUUCUUCGCCUCUCUGUGGACGUUAUUUUCACAUCCUGAAUCCGUGAGCAACAGCGCACCUACCAACAUGGGCGUUGCACUAACAGAAUUAUUUACACAUACAUUGGCAAGCUUUUUCUUGUGGUAUCGACCCAUCUAUAAUGCUUAUAUGAAGGAUAAUUCUCUUUAUUUCACGUUAUUCUUUCUGUUCAAUGGAUUUCAUAUUUUAUAUACCUUUUAUAUGGCAAUCGGUAUACCCUCAACUGGCGGUGCCGGUUUGAUCGUAUUGGUGACUUUAUUCCAGGAACAUUACAUUGGACCUGCUGUUCUGACUCUACUUGCUACUAUUGGCUGGCUAUCUAUGGGAAUUAUGGCAGUCAUCUUAUACAGAAAGACAUUUGUUCAUUAUAAGGCAGCAGGACAUACCUUGAAGGAAGCCAAGACAGAAGCUUAUACUCAUAUGGGACGCUCUUCAGUAGUGAGAGAAGCUGCUAUGAAUGCUGCAUGGAAAACCGCUACAUCAUCAAGUGGUAAUAGAACUUAA